ACCAUCAAGUUACAUAUUUGAAUCAUCGUCUGUACAUAAGGUAGGUAUAGGUGUAGGAAGGUAGGGGUGGAGGAGUCCUAUACCUACGUGGUAGACGCCAUUUUUGUACAGGUAAUUAUAUCAUGAUCAAUGUAGGUAUCAAAACCUUAUAUAAUCAAAUGUAAAAUUAAAAUUUGAACAGAAAAAAUUCAACGAUUAUUGUCGUAAGAACAAAACUACGAUUUUAACUUUUAGAUAAGUACCUAUAGGAGACCUAUCGAUAUCCCAAGAUGUAUAGAACUUCAGGAACUUUUGUUGGAUUGCUGUUAUUGGGUUUGCUCUGUAGCACAGUUAUGAAAGAAACUGCAGCAUUUCAAAUUGAAGAUGCGAGAGAGCAUAUCAAAGAAAUCGUGACAUAUCUUUAUAGCAACGUGCUUAAAGAAACGGUUCCAAGUUUCAAUGGUGUUGAAGGCGCAACAACUGUCGACGGUUUGGAUUCAGAGGCAUCAUCAUUAUUACCUGAUGAUAAAGUAGAAUCAAUUAAAGGGAUUGUGAAAGAUUACACAAUAGAUCAACUUGAGCCUCUAUCAGAGGCAGCCACCGAAUACAUAAGAGUUUACGCUGGAUUGCUCUCAGGUGAACCAGAUAUACAAAAUAAAUCAAUCCCAUUGAAAGCGAAAUUGCAAGCGAUUUCUGAGGUUUAUGCAAGCGAACUGUAUGGAAAGCCGAAGCCGGGUGCAGAUACAUCAUAGUUCUAUUGACUAUUGUGUCCCAGCUGCAGUUUAGCAUAUUUUAAAAUAAAAGUCAAGUUCAUAUUAUUAUUUGUAUAAAUUAAUCAUUAAGCUGUUUCUAAAUUCUAAGUUAUAAUUUUAUAUAAUAUCUUGCAUAUUUAGACAUGUAUUAUGCUAGACUGCUACAUAUCUAUACGUAUAAAAUUAUUGAUGUUUUUAGGUUAAAUACCUACCAUAUUAUUUUAUUAUGAUUUAAGAUAUUUAUUUAAACGUGCGAGAGUAGGUAAGUAAGGACAUGGAAAAAUUAUAGGAAUAUAGUUUUAAGCUAGGUAGUCAAUAAGCAGUUUUAUUGCUUUUCAAACGUUUGUCAACAAAAAAAAAAAAUACCUACUUUUCAAUCGAAA